AUGUGGAAACGAUACCCUGAGCAUCCCAUGUGGGACGACAUCCUGAGUGCAGGAAAAGACCUGGAGCAGCAUCAGAUUGUGCCAGCAGUGAAGCGACAGUUGGGCAUCUCCGGAAUGAAAAGGAGCACUGGAAUUCCCAGGAGUUUCAUGGUGGAGGUGGAUGAUCCCAACGAGGGCGCGAUGCUGACGAGCGAUGGGAAAUACGCCAUCCCAGCCACUAAUGUGGCAGCUUGUGCUCGGAAGAAGAAGGAAAAGCCUCCCUUCUGGCCACAGGAGCCAUCCUCCUCCUCCUCCUCCUCCUCAGCUGUUCCUACUCCUGAGGAGCUGUUAUGUCCCCUGUGUAAAGAGUUAAUGACAGACGCAGCUGUUAUUCCCUGCUGUCGAAACAGUGACUGUGAGGACUGUAUUAGAACAGCCCUGCUGGAGCCUGAGGCACAUCAGUGCCCAACAUUACAUCGGACAGACGUUCCUCCUGACUCUGGAGAGGCCAACGAGUUCCUACGCCAGGUGCCAAAGAAGGACCGGGACAGGACUAAGCUGGAAUUCUGA